AUGCGCGAACGUAACACCUUACGUAAAGUGCAUUGCAUUACCGCAAAACGAAUUGACGUUGGUUGUGUUGUUCAGGGCGAAUCGAGUGAUCAAGAAGGGGGAGGAGAUAAUGUGGACAUAUGGGACCGUAUCAGCAAAACUUCCACAACCGAAGGUUCUCGUCAGAGGGCGUCAGCUGAAGCGAGUAGGAUUCCAGUGGCUUAUGACGAUCCAAUGGGAAUUAGUAGAUCGCCGUCUCUCAGUCAGCUUGCAAAAUCGACCACAUCUCUGUAUUUCGCGAUGAAAUCUGUUACACAGCUACUAGCCACGACUAAUGUGUAUUUGACUGUAGCAUACAGUUAUCGUAGUGCUAUUGAGGAGAGCUUCAGAAGAAUUGCGCUCAAACAUCCGUAUGCAGAGCCGUUUCGCACACACGACUCGGCAAUUGUCGUUAUCGGAGUAUCGUGA